CGAAUGCAUGUUACACCAAUGAUUCCACAAGUUAGUUCAACUAUAACUCGCCGCGUUGCCAGCCAACCGCGUCUCGAACCCGGAUACUCAUCAGAAGAUGAACACGAACACGUGAUGUCCGUGGUCCCCAUGGUCAAACACUAUAAGACCAGAAUGGAACGUUCUCUGGCUGCCAGGCCCCGUCUACGACCUGGUUUCCGUUCGGAGGCCGAAUAUCGACAUCCAAUCAAUAUUACUCCAAUGGUACCUGAAUAUCGUAGUAGUAUGGAACGUACACUACGCAGUGCCCCACGACUGGAAGCCGGUUUCGCCUCAGAGACAGAGAAAUCGGUAGCAAUGGAGGUGGUUCCCAUGGUACCAGAGUACAAAACGCAACUCACUCGAGAAGUUCCAUCCCGUCCGGCCUACCAAUCGGCGCUAACCACGCGUCUACCAAGUCGUCCUUCGUUAACUUCAAUAUACUCGUCUACGUUGGAAAAGGAAACGAGUAUGAACGUGGUCCCUGUGGUACCGCGAGAAGAGGAACGCCAUAUCAGCCAACUUUCACGUGAUUUUGUCGUCGAGUAUCGUCCGGUUGAUGUGGUGGUUGAGGUGCCGAUUCCACCCCAGUUCGUGCAACCAUUGAGCAGUGUCAUGGCGGCUGAGGGUACACGUGUCGUACUGGACGGAGUAGUAACUGGACAUCCACAACCAGUUGUUUCAUGGUAUCGUCAAGGGACAAAACUUGAAGACGGUCCAGAUGUCCGCCUGGAUUUCCACGACGGUCAAGUACGGCUCACUUUACCGGAGGACACCGGGGAGUACACGUGCGAGGCAGAAAAUGUGGCUGGUCGUGCUCAAAGCACAGCGACGAUUAUCAUCCAAGCCCGCUUGAUGGCACCACACUUCGUAAAAGGACUGGAGAGCCAAGUCAUUCACGAAGGACAAUCUAUUCGUUUGGUUGUGAAAGUAGAAGGCCACCCACCGCCAACCGUAACCUGGACUUGCAACGGUCGGGAAAUUGUCAGUUCACCACACUACAUCUUGGAGGUCAAAGGUGAUGGAACUCAUGUGCUGAAUAUCCCAGAAGCUUACUUUGACGAUACCGGUCGAUACACAGUAAUUGCCAGAAACCCAGCUGGAGAAAGUGUCACCUCUGGUCUGCUGACUAUGCAAGAACCAGAGCAUAGACAACCAACACCAUUGAAGGAGGUGCAUCACCAUGAACUGACCGUUCAGGUGGAGAGUCUCAAACAGACUCCGUUGCCAUCACCACCUUCACCGAAGCCACAACCAGAGAGACCACAAUUCUCGCAGACAUUCCCACCGGAAAUGGAAUUGAUCGAGGGUAAUCGAUUAGUGCUCACCGUCGAAGCUUGGGGCAAUCCGCUUCCAUUUAUCCAUUGGUUCCGCAAUGGUCAACCCGUCCAUGAAAGACCGGAUUGCCAGAUCACUCAAGUCGGACCCCCGUUAGACCAACCGGAGCAAUUACAACCACGUCCGGUACGUAUGACCGGUCAAUUAAUAAUCAGUGAGGCGUUCCUGGAGGAUUCCGGUCAGUACACGUGUAUCGCAGUGAAUGAUGUGGGUCAGGCUGAGACAGUGGGAACCCUGCAUAUUAUACCAAAACCGGCACCCUCGGAACCAAAACCUGUCGUGGUCCAGGAACGGUUUGAACCACCGGAAUUGAUACGGUCUCCACCGUUCUCCCUAGAAAAUGAGCUCGAUCAACCAUUGAUUUUGGAGGCUGAAGCGAUCGGUCAUCCGAUUCCGGAUGUACGUAUCUACCACAACGGAAAACUAGUCACAUCGGAUACGAGACACUCGCUGGAAGCUUUACCCGGGACGGGUAGAAUUAGCAUGUGUGUGACCAAAUUCGGUCCGCAGGAUGAAGGUGACUGGACGAUUGUGGCUACCAAUUCCGUGGGUACAACGAGUAAAACCGUCGUGGUCACCACGAAAAAACCAAUUCCGAUUGAGCCGGAGAUACCCGAUUUUCCUGAGGUCGAGCUUCGAUUCACAAAACCACCAACAAUGUCACCGCCUAAAUUCCUCGACCUACUGCCCGAGAGGAUUGAAGUGGAUGAGAACAAACCGAUUGUUCUUCGAUCUCGAAUCACUGGAGAGCCGACUCCCACACUGUACUGUCUCGUGAACGGACAGCCGUUGCAACAGACAGAUGUCGUGCGUUGUUCGUUUGAGGGACCGGAAACAGUGAUGCUGUAUCUGGCUCAUCCGAAACCCCAACAGUCCGGAGUAUAUACGUUGUGUAUCGAGAACCCGGUCGGCAAAGACAGUGUCACAUCAGAAGUUGUCGUCUUGCCAACUGAAGUAGUCCCCGUGGUGACUCCUAGUUUGAUGGCUCCACCACGCUUCUUGCGUGGUCCACUACCUUGGCCACCCACGGAAAUUGGGGAAUUGAUCACUUGUCCUGGACAAGUGGCUCUGAAAGAAGAUCAGCCAGCCAGUCUAGAAGUGGAAGUAAUCGGUCAACCCGCACCAGCUGUCGCAUGGUUCCGUAAUUCCCAGGCAAUCCCGACGGAUGGAACACACAAGAUGUACCAGCGUCGAGAAGGCACAUUUACAAUGCUCAUAGAUCGACCUAAUCAACAGGAGGAUAGUGGUGUGUACACUUGUGUUGCGACCAACAAUGCCGGUCAGGCGGUGCUCCAGUUUAAUGUUCAAGUUCAGCCAAAACCCGUUCCCGGUUCGCCUCCAAGAUUCGUGCAAAAGCCGCCUACUCAGCUUGUCGGAGAAAUGUAUAAGCCGCUGACCAUGCAUGCCACAGUCGAGGGAACUCCGAAGCCAGUAUUAUCUUGGCAUAAAGAUGGAGUACUUGUAUCCAGUACACCAGACGGUCGAAUAACGAUAGAUAUGCGUGACUAUGAGACAACUGUUUAUAUUGCCUCACUGCAACCUGAGGACUUGGGACAAUGGCAAUGCUUGGCUGCCAACACUGCCGGAACAGCCUCUUCGCGGACACUCGUUUUUACGGCUCCACAAACCGUGACCGAAGUUAAACCAAUCGAAACUAUACCUCCAACGAAGCAACCGACGAUGCGCCCGCCCAGAUUCAUACAAUUCCUACAACCGGUCACAGCUACAGAGGCAUCCGAAGUCAGCUUCUUCGUGGAAUUCGAUGGGGAACCGGUCCCGGAAGUGAAAUGGCUUCGCGGAGAUGCACCACUGGAAGCUAGACCAGAUUUUAAGAUCUUAAUUACAUCAAACACCAGCCAACUGAUCAUACCUGAAGUUUUCCCGGAAGAUGCUGGAACGUAUUCGGUUUUGCUACAAAAUCCUGCUGGACAAGCAUGUAGUAAAUCUCGGUUGGUUGUUGAAUCACCGCCAGAACAGAAGCCAUACGGAAAACCACCGAAAUUUGAGCAGCCCUUAAUGCAUCCAGUCACAGUCAAAGCCGGUGAGCCGGUGACAUUCGAGUGCAAAGUCCACGGUGAACCAGUCCCUCAAGUGCAUUGGGAAAGAAAUGGUGUUCGUCUCCCAACGACGGAUACUGCACAUCAUCGAAUGUUCGAUGCUCCUCCAUUUCACACUUUGGUGAUUUGUGAGGCCGUCCCAGAAGACACGGCCGAGUAUAGUUGUGUAGCGGUGAAUCCGUUCGGUCAAGAUAUUACCAAGACCAAUGUGCGAGUUGAAGUUCCAGUUCAACCAACCACUUUGGUCGCACCCAAGAUUUUACAAGCACCAAAAACUAUGACUGUCCUUGAGUCGCAACCGGUGACUUUUACCGCCCGAGUAACAGGAACACCGAUGCCUGAAGUGACCUGGUUGUGCCGAGGUGAAGUGAUUAAGCCUUCCAGCUACUUCCAACCUCAACUGCUUCCAACUGGUGAAGCACGCUUGUUUAUUGCAAGCGCUUACAUGGAGGAUGCUGGAGACUACACUAUUCAUGUUACGAAUCCCGCUGGAGAAGCUACUGCCACUGCUAAUUUGAUCGUUCAACAACCACAACCACAGGCAGUGGCACCUAGAUUUACUACUCCAUUACCACAAGGACCAAUUCAUGUGCAAGAGGGAAAAACGUUACGACUGACGGUUGAGUUCGAAGGCGAGCCGCAACCUCAAAUCACUUGGUAUCGCGAUGGAGUACCACAAACAACCACUCCCGAUUGGAAGAUUAUCACGGAACAGCACAUAUCAAUACUCGAAUGCCGCGAGGUAUUCCACAGUGAUUCGGCCACAUGGACUGUGCAUGCAACUAACAAGGCUGGUCGAGCCACAACACAGACGCAGAUCAUCGUUGUUCCGUUAAAACCAGUCCCUGAGGAACAGAAGCCGAAGAAAACUCCCCCAGUUUUCCAAAAGCGUCUUCCAGCACACGUUGCAAUGUAUUGUGACGGGUCAACCAAAACCGGUAGUUCGCUGGUUCCACAACGGAGUCGAAUUCUAUCCACAACAAAUACCUANCCUAUUCCUCAGCCAAAACCGAGUGCAAAACACGAAAUUCUGAUUGACCAUGCCACACACACCUACACCCUCUACGUGCACGACUUGAAUGCGUUCGAUGUGGGUGAGAUUAUGGUUCGUGCUGAGAAUGAGUUGGGUGUCACAAUGUGCCAAAGCACAUUGGAAUUGGAGGUAGUCGAUGGCCAGGUUGUGGAACCACGUUUUGUAUUGCAACCUCCCGAUCGCGUACAAGUGCAACCAGGUCAGACAGCCAGGCUGGAAUGCGAAGUCGAGGCGCAGCCACCUGUCACAUUCCGCUGGUAUUUAAAUGGACUACAAGUAGACCAAACCAUGAAACAAUACAGAUUGGUUGAGGAAGUCAAUCGAACAACCUUGAUCAUCCCAAAAGUAGAACCCGCUAGUCUUCCGACUCAGGUAAAGGUGGAAGCAGCAGCCCCUACCGGAACUAAGAUUGUCUCUACCUCGGUUAUGGAAAUGAUGGCAUCUACCGAUUUGACAGACACAUCCUUCACGACGACUCCUGUAGAAACUAGUGUUCAGGAACCAAUCACACCACUUCACUUCAAAAGGCAACUGCCAGUCAAAAUGACGUUUGAUGAUCGUACCGAAUCGUUGCAGUUCGAUGUAGAAGUUGAGCAGCUACCAGCUGAACAAACACAACCAGUAUUUAGCUGGUAUAUGAACGGUAUUGAACUGUUUCUUCAACCAUUAGAUCGUAAACCUGAACGUUUCCAGGUAUCACAGGAGUAUCCGACUCAUAGCCGUUUGAUAAUCGAUCGUCCCACUCAGAUAGAUGUGGGCGAACUGACGUGUACAGUCACACGAAAAUCGGAUAUUGGAGAAGAGAAGAUUCGUUCAACGUGUGCGCUGGAAAUCACUUAUCCGGAAACACCAAAACCAGAGGAAACAUUCAAAACAGAAGUUAAAAUAUCACCUGAGUUUUCUCAACCAUUACCGGCUACCGUGACUCCGACAAUUGGGUCAGAUGUUGUUUUGCUGAUCACCGUGAAGGGCUCUCCAAUGCCGACCAUGAAUUGGGGGAUAAGUUCAUCUGACACAGCACAACGUUGUGAAAUUGCCCCAGCAGAACAAAUAGACACUUACACUACUCAGUAUAAAAUGGUGAUACACGAUUUUCGAUCGACUGACCGCGAUUCGGUAAUCGAAGCUACUGCAACCUCCGAGCUAGGACAAGUGACCAGUGUCUGUCAACUACUACUACCACAGGAAACAACUCAACCCAAACCUGAAGAGAGGGUUAGAGUAGAAUUUACCAAGGCCCUGAGUCCACUGAAACAGGUUCAACUGGAUGAAACUGUUGUUAUGGAGUGUGCUAUCAAACCGACCCCAGUUCCAGUGGAAUUUCAUUGGGAUGUGGCUGGUACAGAAAUCAUACCCCAGACGUCGUUGGUUGAUAUACAAACGACACAGUACUCAACUACUAUGCGAAUAAAACACAUGCGUCCGGAAUACGCUGGAACAGUUACGGUGAUCGCAGCACAUCCUCAGGGCCAAGUAGUCAGUAGUGGAGAAUUGCGAGUCGCACCUAUUCAAACAACUUUGAUUCAAACGGAGUCAAAGGAAAUGCAGCCGGUGCUAACCGAAGUGCGUCCUGAGGUGAAAUUGGAAUUCUCAAAGCCUCUGGGAGCUACGGUUCUUCCGGAAACCCAAGAAACACAACAAUUGGUUUUGGAAUGCCAGAUUCUAUCCGAACAACAACCAACGACCCUUCAGUGGCUACGGGGAGAGCAAGAACUAUUCCCGUCUGAUCGUAUGGAAAUGGUCUACCUUGAAGACUCCGGAAUAUCUCGGCUCACUGUUCAUCAGGUUCAGCCCACUGAUUCUGGUCAAUACACAUGUGUGGCAACCGUGACACACGUGGAACCCAAAACUGGAGAGGUCGCGAGCCAGGCAAUAAAGACAACGACAAAAGUGGAUAUCCAAGCACCUGUGGAACAAGCCCCGACCCUCGUGCAACAGGCAGUCGAAGAGAAGCAACCCGUUGAGGAAACCAAAUUGGCCUUCACCAAACCGGUUACGCCAAGCAUUCAGACUGCUGCGGAACACAAAAUACUUGAGUUGGAAUGUGAAAUUGAAGCGGAGCUGAAACCGAUUCAAGUUGUUUGGACUCUGAACGACCAGGAGUUGGUUCAAUCGGAUCGGGUGGAGAUGUUGUACAUCGAGGAUGUCGGCGUCGCGCGUCUCACCAUUCACGAUGUUGUUCCAUCUGAUUCCGGGGACUAUACUUGUGUUGUGAAGGGUCGAGUGAUAGAGCCAACCACCGGUCAAGAGGUGCCCAAGACCAUCAAAUCCACCACACAUGUUGCUAUCAAAGUGGAUCAAAUACCAUCAGAAAGCAUACAGGAAAUGAGUCCGGCCGAAGAACAGAAACCGGCGAUCAGCGAGCAAGCCCAAGCACCGGAGCUCACCUUCAUCAAGCCAUUAACCUGUCAGAUUCAAACAGGACCACAAGAGAGCAAACUUCUCACAUUCGAGGGCACAUUGAAAACGGAUGCACCAGAAGUGACAAAAGUCACUUGGUUACACGAUGGCAAGGAAUUAGUCACCUCAGAUCGUUACGAGACAAUUUACGAGGAGGAGAUUGGCACCGUUCAACUGAUUGUUCACGAUGUGGCCCCAACUGAUUCGGGAGAGUACACAUGCGUGGCCACUGCAGAGGUGGUUGAAACACAAACAGGACGUCGUCUGUCGAAAACGAUCAAAUCGAUCGCCCAGGUCACCAUCGAAGCUCCGAAAUCCAUUGAGGCGAAGAAGGAGGAGGAGGCCCUGCUGAAGGUGGCUCCAAAGGCAGAACUUGAAUUUGUCAAACCCGUAAUGCCUGAGAUUAUAACCGUCUCUGAUCAAGAACUACGACUCGAUAUGGAGUGCCAAAUCCAAGCUGAUAUUCUACCUCAAAGUGUUCAGUGGCUUCACGAUGGGCAAGAAAUGAUCAAGACCGAUCGUGUUGAGAUGAGUUAUGUGGAAGACACCGGGCUGGCACAACUAACUGUACACCAAGUGACUCCAGCUGACUCGGGUGAAUACUCAUGUGUGGUCGUCGGUCAGGUGAUCGAGCCCAAGACAGGUGAACAUCUCAUCAAGACCAUUACUUCCACCUCAGAAGUAACAAUUCCAGCGGAAUCAGUAAUCGUGAGUGAAGUGACCGAGCAGAGGCCGGAUGUAAGUGAAAUCACUUCAAUACCAGAACUUUUGUUCAUAAAACCCCUUCAACCGGAACUUCGUCAGUUAGAGAACGAAGAAAAAUUACUCAUCCUCGAAUGUCAGAUAAAAUCCGACGUGGAACCGGUUCAAAUUGUAUGGCAACGUGACGGUCAAGAACUAAUCGCAUCAGAGCAUACGGAAAUCGUGCCCAUCGAUGAAGUUGGCACAACUCGUGUAAUUAUUCAUCAGGUCACCGCAGUAGAUUCGGGCAAGUACACGUGUUCAGUUACCGCACCCGGUGUGCAAACGGAUGCAAUCAAGGCACUUCCUCGAACUAUCGCCUCUAGUGCUGUUGUUACAAUCGAAGACAUGGAACCGAUUCAUGUACGGUGGCACUGGAACGAUCAGGAACUUCAGACCUCGGAUCGUCAUGAAAUCGUAUACAUAAAAGACACCGGUAUUGCUCGUCUGCUUGUUCGAGAAGUCGGUCCGUUAGACACCGGGGAAUACACUUGUGUGGUGACCGGGGAGAGAUUCGAACCGCAAUCUCAAAAGACUGUCACCAAAACAAUUCGAUCAGCCGCACAAAUAACAAUUGAGGCUGAGGUAGAAGAGAUCUUGGAAACUGGUUCCGAACCACACUCGCCUACGUUCGUCACGGAACUGGCCCCUGUGCGCGUUUGCGAAGGCGAGGAAAUAUAUUUGGUGGCAACCGUCAAAGGUAUUCCACAACCGUCCGAGGUCCUGUGGAAACACAACGAUGUCCCAAUCCAACCGGAUUCUACAGACGCCCUUAUAUACUACUCACCAGAUUCAGGAACUUGUGAAUUGACCGUUUCUGAGGCGUUCCCUGAGGAUGCGGGCAUUUACUCAAUUGAGGCAUCUAACGAAUAUGGGACUGCAGUAACACAGACUGAAGUCCUCAUUAUUCGAGAAUCACAGGAGGAAGAAACGAAAGAGCAGUAUCCCACUGCUGAAACCAAAGAAGUGAGUGCCCCUGUUUUGGAAACUCCUAAAACGUCCAUAAGUGAGACACAAACGGUCGUCGAGGCACAAGAAGCAGUCAGCGAGAUAGAGACGCCUUUGAGUGUAGAUUUGCCCACAUCCGAAACUGUUCAACCUGUGUCCGAAAAGGAUGCACGGGUGACAUUUGCCGACGACGUCAAACUUCAGCUGUACUCUCCAGUUGAAGUGAUUCCGCAGUCACCCAGUACGGCCUACUGUGAGCACUAUGUUGAUGAGGAACAGAUAACGCCAGAAGUUCCAGAACCACAAGAGAUAAGCUUUGACGAACUAGAAACAGGAGAAGAAAUUAUGCCAUCCCUG